UUCUCACUCUCUAUAUAUUAAUACUUCUUUGAGUCUCUCUAUCUCUAUAAUAUAUUAUUAUUAAUAUAUUUGGCUAUAUCAAACUGAAAUCAUUUCUCACUUCUUUCUUCUAAGUCCUCGCAAGUGGAAAUGGGCGCAAAUAAGAACAAAUCUGAUGACGGAGGGAAGAAGAAUGAUGAUCUUGUGGUUCUUAAAAUGGAUUUGCACUGUUCCGGUUGCAUUACCAAGUGCAAGAAAGUUCUCGGAUCUUUGGAAGGUUUUGUAUCUUUGAAAGCUGAUUUGGAAUCGAACAAGAUAAGUAUCGUCGGAAAAGUUGAUCCGGUGAAGGCUAAAGAGAUACUCGAGCAGAGGAUGAAGAAGAAUGUGGAGAUUAUCUCUCCGGCGCCGCCUAAGAAGAAAGAAAACGGCGGUGAAGAUAAGAAGAAAUCGGAAGAGAAAACAGAGAAAAAGGCAGACGAUAACAAGGCCAAAGAGCCGCCAUUGAUAACUGCUGUUUUGAGACUUAACCUUCACUGUGAAGGAUGCAUUCAAAAGAUCUACAAAACCGUUACCAAAACAGAAGGUUUUCAUGAGAUUAAAUUUGAUAGAGAGAAGGAAUUGGUGAUGGUGAAAGGAACCAUGGAGAUGAAAAUGUUAGCCGAGACACUUGAAGGAAAAUUGAAGAGGAAUGUGGAGGUUUUGAUUCUUCCAAAGAAAGAAACUGCCGGAGGAGCCGGCGCCGGCGCCGGAGAAAAUAAAGAGAAAGGCGGCGGCGGCGAAAAGGAUAAGGCUGGUCCUAAAGUAGGUGAACAUCAGGUCCAAUUUUCCCCUGUGAAUUAUGGAUAUGGAUACGGGUAUCCGUAUGGGUACCCUCCUGUAACCGGAUACCCGACCACCAAUAGGUACACCGCACCAAAUCCGGGCGGAUGGGGUAACUACCAAAACCCUCCGGGUUUUGCAUUUAGCGACGAAAAUCCAAAUGCUUGUUUUAUCAUGUGAGAUUCUUGAAGAAUUAAGAAGAUUCAAGAUAUGAAUAAAUUAAAAUGGUGUAAAUACUAUAUAGCAUUACUAGUAGUGGGGAAUUGGAUCAUCAAACUUUAAUAAAAAUACAUUAUUAUUAUUAUUGGGUUUAUACUACGUCACUAAAGCAAUGAGAGUGAUCCAUAAUUAAUUUAGGUAGCUAGAUUUCUUUUUCUUAAUAUUUGGAAUGAUAUGAAAAUAAUGGACAAUCUUUCUCUAUA